AUGGAAUCAUCGAGGAAAAACAGUAAGGAUGAAAAGAAUACGAUCGAAUCAAAUGUCAAUCAAGACUUAUCAAAGACAAAAGAAAUUCACAAAGGAGGAUCAAUUGAAAAACCUAGCGAGCCACAUUCACAAUUUGAAUUACCACCGAAUACCCUUCAAUCACCGUAUAAAGAAAAUCGAAAACCACCAUUACAACAAUCUACUUCAAUCCCAUCCUUAUCUAUGUUAAAUGAAUCUAUUCAAAGAUCUUCCACAAAUCAAAGUACUCCGGCAUCACCUAAAAAGUUUAAUCAAACAAUAACUGAUCCUGGUUUAUUGACUCUACUAGGUCCCAAUAUUUCAUCAUUCCCAUUUUCAGAAGAUGCAUUUAUAGAAACUAUGAAAUUUAAAAUAGAACAAGAACGAACUAAACAAGAAUUUUAUAGAGCCGAAACAACAAAUAAAAAUUUGAUGAUUUUACAAUCAGCGUUGCAAGCACAAAUUCCUUCAUCUAUGAUACCUCAAUUCAUAAGUAAUGUCAACAGCUCCAAUCAACAACUUAAUGAUAAUGAAUUGGUUUUACAAGCAAUUAGACAACAAACUUUACAACAGCAGCUGCAAUAUCAAGAUCAUCAACGACUACAACAACAACAACAACAGCAACAGCAGCAGCAGCGGCAAUUCCAAAAUCAAGCAUUUCAAGUCGUACAACCACAUAUCGAACAUCAACAAGCUGGGGUUCCUCAUCAUCUACGACAAGGUCAAUCUGUUGAGUAUGAUCCGAAUCGUUUGCAGCAAGAAUAUCAAGAACAACAACAACAAAUAUCUUCCCAAAAUCAAAGACCCUUAAAACCAUUUGGAUUAAUUAACCAAGACCUUUUGAAUGCAAAUCCUAAUCUGCCUGCGGGUUUCAAAUUUGGAGCUCCUUCAUCAACAAGUCAAAAAAGACCUUUAUCUCCAGCCAAAGUUGGUGCAGCUGCUGUAGCAAAUUUAACAACUCCAACAACUCCUUUCAGAGCACCUACAUCAUCUGCCAUACCAUCCUCUAGUUCUGUUAAAAGAACCUCUAGAGGUCAUCAACGACAUUAUUCAAUGCCAACAGAAGUUAAUACAUCUGGAAGAAAUAAAUUGAAAAGAGAUCUUUCCAAUCAAACAAUUGAUUCAAACAGAACCUCCAGUCAAGUUCUUCAAUCUCCAUUGGGGGCAACAACAACAUUACAAGUGAAUCCCAUUCCAGCUCAACCUUUGCAUAAACAAAAUAAACUGCAAGUUCAACCACUGCAAGAAUCAAUGCAAUCCUUUCAACAUGUUAUACAGUUUCAUCAUUGGCAACCAGAAACUGGAAUUCAAGGUAGUGGGAGCAAUACUUUACCAGCUCAUAAGCGUCAAAAAUCUAUAUCAAGAGAAGCAAGCUCAUCAUCGUUUAACGCUACCCCUAAACCAAUGGCUCCUAUUAAGCAAAAUAUACAAUCAACAUCAAAUGUAAAAGUUGAAAAAGUAGCAACACCUCAACAAUCUCGUGAGUUUCUUGGAGAAAAUGAUGAUCCUGAUUCAUCCAUGGAUAUGGAUACUUCAGCAACUAAUAUUGAUGUUACAAAAGGUACUGACGAACUGGUUCAUCCUCCAUCAAAAAGCCAUUCCCGUCAGCGUUCAAAUGUAGGAAGAUACCCACAUAAUAUUUUAUCAUCAAAUAAUAAAUAG